GAUGCCCACAAAGAACCCUGAGCCACAAACUGAAAGUUUCCCUGAGCAAAAUGCAGAUACCACUGUUGCCGAAUGUCGGCCGAACCUGAAUUCUACUGUUCCAAGUGCAUCGGACAACAGCUUUUAUUAUAAUUGCGUAAAUGGACAAGGUUGGCGGCAAGUUUGUCCUCCAGGAACACAAUUUAAUCCUUCUCUGAGUUUGGAAAAUAGUAAGAGUGUAAUUUGUAGUAAAAUUCCUGAUGGAUCUGAAUUGGUUCAUGGAGAAUGGAGUCAAUGGACCAGCUGGAGUAAUUGCGCUGCUCCUUGCGGUAAUGGAGUUGAAGGAAGGGAACCAACUUGUAGCAGUCCACCACCAGCGAAUGGAGGUAAAAAUUGCAGGGGAAAGUCUCUGGAAGAAAGACCCUGCAAUAACGGUCCUUGCGCAGAGCUGGCCUUUAUGGUUUCGUUAAAACGUACUGUGAACGUUAAUCCGGGAGUAAUGAAUUGA